GUCCAGGGGGCAUUCCUCACCACCUCAUCCACGUAGUGGCAGUGCUGCACUGCAUCAUAGCGCUCAUUUUCAUUCAUCACCGUGAAGCCUUUGAAGUUGUGUUAGCUCAUCACUGCAGACUCCCACAAUGAGGAUCCUAAUCAUGAAAACAAGAAUGACAAAUUAUAAGCCACUGUUGGUGCUGUUGUUUUUAUUAGCCUCCUGGAUCACAUUUACAGUUUUCCAAAACGCCACAAAGUUAUGGACUGCACUCAACUUGCCCAUCUCCCUCCAUCAGUGGAAUUUUAUCACAAAGGCCUCAUGGCCUGAAUCAUCAUUUCAUCCAGUAAUUUCAGCAGCAGACACUGAGCUGAGAAUAAAGGCGAUCGUGGAGAAACUAGACCAGCAGAUCCCGCCCAGACCUUUCGCCCACGUGAACACCACCACCAGUGCCGCACACAGCACAGCCACCGUCCUCAACCCUCGACACACCUACUGCAGGGGGGACCAGCUGGAUGUCCUGCUGGAGGCCAGGGACCACUUGGGACGCAGGAAGCAAUACGGUGGGGAUUUCCUGAGGGCCAGGAUGUCCUCCCCAGCCCUGGAAGCAGGUGCUUCAGGAAAGGUGACUGACUUCAACAACGGCACCUACCUUGUCAGCUUCACUCUGUUCUGGGAGGGCCAGGUCUCCCUGUCUCUCCUGCUCAUCCACCCCAGCGAAGGGGUGUCGGCUCUCUGGAGGGCAAGGAACCAAGGCUAUGACAGGGUAAUCUUCACAGGACAGUUUGCCAAUGGCACCUCCCAGGUCAACACUGAUUGUGCCUUGGUUUUAAACUCAAGUGCUGAACUGUGCCAGUACCUGGAUGCUCAAGACCAAGAAGCCUUUUAUUGUGUGAGGCCUCAAUACAUGCCCUGUGCUGCACUCACCCACAUGCAUUCCAAGAACAAGGAUGUUUCUUAUCUUAGCAAACAAGAAAAGAGCCUCUUUGAAAGGUCAAACGUGGGUGUAGAGAUUAUGGAAAACUUCAAUGUGAUUAGUGUCUCCAAAUGUAACAAAGAAACAGUUCCAGUGAAAGAGAAAUGCAAGCCUGGAAUGACAUCCACAGUCCCCAGUGGGCAUGUCUGGAAAAACACAUGGAAUCCUGCCUCCUGUAGUUUGGCUACAGUCGAAAUGAACAAAUGCCUGAGAGGAAAAUCUGUAUAUCUACUGGGAGAUUCCACAGUCCGCCAGUGGAUGGAACACUUCAAAAGGAGUAUCAGAACACUGAAGUCAGUGGAUAUGCAUGAGUCUGGAAAACUGCAACACCAACUUGCUGUGGACUUGGAUAGGAAUAUCAACAUCCAGUGGCAAAAACAUGGUUACCCCUUGAUUGGAUCAAUAACCUAUUCAGUCAAAGAGAUUGAGUACAUCGCCCGGGCCAUUGACAGAAUUGGAGGAGAAAAAAACACUGUCAUUGUUAUUUCUCUGGGCCAGCAUUUCAGACCCUUCCCCAUUGAUGUUUUUAUCCGAAGGGUCCUCAAUGUCCACAAGGCUGUUCAGCGUCUUCUUCUGAGAAGCCCAGACACUAUGGUUAUCAUCAAAGCAGAAAACAUCAGGGAGAUGCACAAUGAUGUGGAGCGCUUUAGUGACUUUCAUGGAUACAUACAAUAUCUUGCCAUAAAGGACAUUUUCCAGGAUCUCAAUGUGGGUCUCAUUGAUGCCUGGGAUAUAACAAUUGCAUAUGGCACAAAUAAUGUACACCCUCCUGAACAUGUAGUCAGAAAUCAGGUUAACAUAUUUUUAAACUACAUUUGCUAGAUAACA